AUGCUGUUGGAUUCGGGAUUCGGCCAGAUCCGGAAAGCCACCGCCUGCCUGGUUUGGAGCGAGACCCACGACUCGUCGCUCUUCAAUCUCUUUUGCGAGCACACCAUGCUGGCAGGAUUUGUGGCGGCGCUCAGGGCGGCCAGUCCGGUGCCGGUGAAGCUGCAAAUCCUCCAGACGCUCUCCAUCUUGGUGCAAAAUGCACAACGCGACACUUCUUUCAUCUACUUGCUCUCUCAAGGGCUUCUCAACGAUUUUUUCGACGACCCCCCUGCGAACAUGGACGAGGAAGCCCUCGCCUACUUCAUCACACUACUGAAGGGCAUUGCCUUUCGCCUGGAUGGGCAGCUGGCGCUGCUGUGCCUGCAGAGGAACCCGAGAAGAGGUUGCGGCUACGAGGGCGCGACCCCGAGCACGAGCUCGGCGAGCCCCACCGCCACCCCCAGCCCGAGCGAAGGCCCUUCGCUGCGGAUGCCCAUCUUCGAGCGCUCCGUACGAUUGAUCGGGCACCCGGAUCCCAUGGUGCAGACCUCGGCGCGGUCCGCGGCGCUGCGCCUGCUGAGCUUCGAAGGGCCCGUGAAGGGCGCCGUGGAGCCGGCGGCGGCAGGCGAGAGGGCCUUCAGGGCCUUCAGGGCCUUCAGGGCAUCAAUGAAAGCAGGGGCUGGUGGCAAUCUUUCCCAUGAGCAGCUUGCACAAUCCCGGAAGGAGGCAGCAGGGGCCUCCUGGCGCCGGCGGUGGCUGAGGUGGCCUGUCAACUCCACUUCAGGGACCAGAAGGCCGCUCUGGCGCAGCUUUUGGACUUCGCGGGGGACCUCUUCAACGUAG